UGGAGCGCGGAAAGCGGAAGUGGAAUUGGCAGGAAUGGUUUGAUACUCUCUAAACAGUCAGCAAUAAUUGCACAUAUUUGUAAACUAUGGACGCGUUACAAAGGCACAGGUCUCUUUAUAAGGGCACAACUCCACCAUGGAAGGAAACAUACAGAAAGCGUUGUGUGGAACGGUUGAAGAACAGCCGCUCGAGAUUGUUGGAGAAGUAUCGUCAGAUAGGCGAUGCCACAAAGGGCUCUCUGCUCGUCCAGGAGGUGAUGGAGAUGGAGUGGAACGCCUUGCAGUCGGCAAACCAAAGACUGCCUUCGCUGUGGAAGAGAGACGGUGUCAGUGAUAUGUACAGAGAUGUGCAGGAACAGGAUGAAUUGGCUGUUCUAGAGGAAAUCCAACAAGAGCUUAUAUCUCAAGAGCUUGCAAUUAUUGAGGAAUACCACAAAAGCCAGCAGUUUGAAGAAAAGUACUUUAACUCUGUUGUGGAGGGUAUGGAGGAAGAAGGAAAGCUCAUCUGCCCCAUGUGUCAUGCGAAUAAUCUGACCGUGAACAGCCACUUUACCUCAUGUCCAUGUGGCCUUUAUAUCAACACAAUGGGAAGGAGUAUUACGGCAGAUGUGCUCCGGCGUCUGCUUGAGAUGAGAGUCACGGAACAUCUGGAAGAGUGCCUUCAGAACCCCGUGUUCUCAGUCACCUCAAAUGCGGACAGAGCCGGAAACCUUAUGAUGAGCUGCAAGGUGUGUGAUUAUCUCUCUAUUGUCUUGUGAGCAACUCCGGUACAACGGCCUUUGUGUGCUUUUCAGUGUUUUAUUUCUGUGAAAUAAAGAGAUCAUUUAUUUAACAUUA